AUGGGGGAGCGAAAUACUAGCGGCCUUCAGGACGUGACGAAGGCGCUUGCUGAAAAGCAACCAAACAGUAUUAAGGAGGUCGUAAAGGGUUUGGGCGAUUUGCUAGCCAAGCUUGACGUCUUUUCGAGUGACGUAAAAAAUGAGGUAGCAGAGGUGGCAACUUCCAAUGCGGAAAUUCGUACCGAGCUGGGCGGUAUUCACAAAUCUAUGAAAUUCAUGAACGACUGCUUUGAGAACUUCAAAAAAGAUGUCGAUGGUUUUCGUCGUGAGAUUGCUGAGGUAAAGACCCGAAAUGCAGAAUGCUGCAAACAAAAUCAGGAGUUAAGGAAAGAGCUUGCUGUGGCUAGGAAAGAAUUGGUUGAUCUUAAGCAGUAUAGCUGGAAUAUGAACGUGGAAAUUCAAGGUCUACCGGUGGCGCCUAACGAAGACUUGGAGACAGUCGUUGAAGACAUUGCUAAGUGCCUUGAAGUCAAAGUUAGCAAAGACGACAUUGACGUCGCUCAUCGGGUGCCAACGAAAAAAAAAGAUGAAUUCAAUGUAAUAGUCAAAUUUCGAACAAGACGUGCACGAGACAGUUUGCUCGAAGCCACUAGAAAAAAGAAACUGCAGACGGGUCUUCUCGGUUUUGACCGUGACCUCCCGCUCUACUUAAAUGAGCACCUUUGUGUUAAAAACAAAAUACUGCUGGGCAAGGCUCGUCAGGCGAAGCGCGAUAAAAACUGGAAGUUUGUUUGGGUAUCCCAGGGCAGAAUUCUCAUGCGGAAGGCAGAAAAGUCACCUGUACUGCAUAUCACCUGCAAUGCUGACCUUGCCAAAGUGCUUUAA